AUGUUAAAGAUAAUGGGAGCAGAAAAAAGAACUGUUGAGUUUAAAAUAUCUAUUAUAGGUUUUGCUGAAGUCAACAAAAGAGGUUUGGUGUUGUACUAUAAAAAUUCAAUAGUUGUUUCUGAGGUUGCCAUGAAAUCAGAUUUCAAAGAACAUAUUUCUGUUAAACUUGUGAUGUCCAAAAGUAUUUUAAAUAUUGUUUUUAUUUACAGAAGUCCAAAGUCUGAUGAAAAAAACAAUAAAAAUUUGUUAUCUUUGUUAAUUGAGGGUCUUUCAUUAAAUGGUGACUUCCUAAUGUUGGGUGAUUUUAAUUUUCCUGAAAUUGAUUGGGAGACAUUUAGUUGCAGAGGAAGUGAUGAAAAAAUUGAAAAUGAAUUUUUGAGUAUUCUGAAAGAUAAAUUCUUAAUUCAACAUAUUAACUUUCCAACAAGAUUCAGAGAUGGACAGGCAGCAAACAUCCUAGAUCUGGUAAUAUCAGCUAAAGAGUUGGUCCGCGACAUUAUGCAUCAUCCACCUUUGGGUAAUAGUGACCAUUCUAUUGUGGAAUUCAAAGUAAUAGGUUUCAGAUGCCCACCUGAGAAAUACAAGAAAAAGUAUUAUGAUUCAGGAAAUUAUGAAAGUUUCAGAGAGCUUCUGUCACAAGAACUUGAUAAUCGAACAGAGCAAUAUUAUAACUUACGACUUAAUCAUUACAAUAGCACAAUAAACGUUGAGUUGAGGAGAUUGGAGAAAAGACAAAAUUUAUGUAAGUUAAUAUUAUUUUCUGGAUUAUAA